GGACAUAUUAUAUUGUUCUCCCUCAAAAAAAUGGAGGAAAAGUGGGAAGGGAAGGUGUCAACAACCCUACCAAGCACUAAACCACACCAAAUUUGGCCACUUUUCAAGGAUUUCUUCAACAUUCACAAAUAUUUUCCUACCCUUUCCAAUUCCUAUGGUGUCCAUGGUACUAAUGGUGAGGUUGGUUGUAUCAGAGUUUGCGUCGGUUCUUCUAGGAGUUUCUUCCUACCAAAAAAGGAUUUUGAUUCAAAGAUCAACAGUGAAGAAUUGGUUAGUUUGUCCAAGGAGAGAUUAAUAGCCGUUGAUGAAGUGAACAAGAGUUUAAGUUAUGAGAUAGUAGAGUCAAACAUUGGAUUAACUUCAUAUGUAGCAACGGUCAUGAUUAGCCAAGGUGGUGAUGAUCUAGGUAAUGAAGGGUGUGUGAUUGAGUGGAGUUUUACCGUUGAUCCUGUUCAAGGGCUAAAAUAUGAGGAUAUGGUGAAGAAGUAUGAAGUGAGUUUGCUAAAGAUGGCUAAAGCAAUGGAAGAUUCUCUUAUUACAGGUUCAUAAAUUUUAUUAUUAUGGUGGAACUUCUAGUGAAAUUUUUUAUGGUUUUCCAAUUUGUUUAUGUUGUGCACUAUUUAAUUAAGCGUAUUAAUUAAGUUUGUUGAAUGAUAUGUAUUAUUGACGCACAUCUACUUCCUCCAUUUUUUACUUGCAGCAUUCUGAAAUC